AUGGGGUAUAAUUCGGAUAGUCUCAGAAAUAAAGUUAGCCAUUUCUAUCACCAAGAGUACACGUGGAAUGUAAAGUGCAUGGAGUGUUCUCCAGUGGAUGGAAUUGGAUGCGUAACAAUUAUGGAUGACAGUCCCACAUCCAGCCCGAGCUCUAGCCCGAGUCCCGACGCGCUGAAUGCAGACCGUAGACGUGGGCGCGUGCUUUCAGGCGGUGGUCUGGGAACCAGGGGACGACCCGCAGCAGCCAACGCUGCGCGCGAGCGGAGUCGCGUUCAGACCCUCAGACAUGCGUUUCUGGAGCUCCAGAGGACCCUGCCAUCGGUACCGCCCGACACCAAACUUUCCAAACUCGAUGUGCUCAUAUUAGCCACUACAUACAUCGCUCAUCUGACUAAAACCCUACAGGAAGAGGGCAUGGAAGAAGGAGACGGCUCAAAACGAAGCGAACCGUUAAAUUCACUCAAAGGCAGCGGUUACCUGCAUCCUGUGAAAAAAUGGCCCAUGCGUUCGAGGUUGUAUAUCGGUGCCAGUGGCCAGUUCCUGAGUAAUUCAGGCCCGAAUGAAAAUCAAGGAGCUUCAUCAUCCUCAUCUCAGACAUAA